UUGGCGUUGUUGUUUUUCUUGCCCUUCUUACCGGCAGGCCUGCCACCGUGAUGAGGGGCACGAGUCUCGAGCUCGUGGUCCUCAUCGCGUUUGGCGUUGUUGUUUUUCUUGCCCUUCUUACCGGCAGGCCUACCACCGUGGUGGGGGGCACGAGUCUCGAGCUCGUGAUCCUCAUCGUUUGGCGUUGUUUUUCUUGCCCUUUUUACCGGCAGGUC